AUGAACACCAUUCUAAGAAAAUGCAAGAGCCUCUCCAUCUCAAAGCUAAAGAGGACCUCCUCCUACAGCAGCCUCCGAUCGAAAUCCAUGAGGGAAGAAGAUCAAGAUCUCGAGCCGUGGGAGGACAACGAUGAAGCGGCAACGACAAUCACAAUCUUCGUAGGCCAGUCGCGAAGAAGGUACUCGGUGGAGAAGAGGCACUUGGAUCACCCAUUGCUGAGCACAUUGAUUGAUCGAUCAAGUGUUGAUGAGGUGCAAGUGAGGUGCGAGGUGGUGCUGUUCGACCACUUGCUGUGGAUGUUGGAGAAUGCAGCGGCAGAUGUGGAGGGGGAUACGUUGGAAGAGUUAGCUGAGCUCUACACUUGUUGA